AUGGAGGAGGAGGCUGCGAGGAAGAGGAAGAUGCCUUGGGCCCCCCAGGCAGGCCCCGAGCUGAGGACGGAGAGCCCGGAGGACAAAUCCCCCCGGCAGACCCUGGUGGGAGAGGCCGUUUUGAAGGGCUCCACGGCACAGGAAGGCAACAGGGAGGAAAAGGGCCGGAGAUCCCCCCACAGGAGGGGCUCCAAAGCCAGCCCAGGGUGCUCUGAGGAGGAAAGACCCAGCCUGUGCCAGGAAAGCAGCUGGAGCUUGAGGGGGAGCUUGGACCUGGUGGUCCCUGAGCAGCCUCCCAGCAGGCAGAAGCCCUUCAGGUGCUUGGAAUGUGGGAAGAGCUUCAGGAAGAGCACCAACCUCCUCAGCCACCAGCACAUCCACACUGGGGAACGGCCGUACACGUGUGGGGAAUGUGGGAAGAGCUUCAGGACCAACUCCACCCUGAUCCAGCACCGUCGCAUCCACACUGGGGAACGGCCCUAUUCGUGUGGCGAAUGUGGGAAGAGCUUCAGGCAGAGCUCCCACCUGAUCCAACACCAGCAAAUCCACACUGGGAAACGACCCUUUAGGUGCUUGGAAUGUGAGAAGAGCUUCAGGACAAGCUCCCACCUGAUCCGACACCAGCACAUACACACCAGAGAAUGGCCCUACACGUACAGGGAAUGUGGAAAAAGCUUCAGUAACAGCUCCAACCUUCUCACCCACCAGCACAUCCACAGUGGAGAACAGCUCUACAUAUGUGGGGAAUGUGGGAAGAGCUUCAACCGAAACUCCAAGCUGAUCCGACACCAGCGCAUCCACACUGGGGAACGUCCCUACAUGUGUGGGGAAUGUGGGAAGAGCUUCAGUGACAGCUCCACCCUCCGCACCCACCAGUACAUACACACUGGGGAACGGCCCUACACGUGUGGGGAAUGUGGCGAGGGCUUCAAGAAAAGCUCCAAUCUGAUCCAACACCAGGCCAUCCACACUGGGGAACGUCGCUACACGUGUGGGGAAUGUGGGAAGAGCUUCAGGGACAGCUCCACCCUCCGCACCCACCAGUACCUACACACUGGGGAACGGCCCUAUACAUGCGGGCAAUGUGGGAAGAGCUUCACGAAGAGCUCUCACCUCCUCAUCCACCAGCGCAUCCACACUGGGGAACGGCCCUACAAGUGCUUGGAAUGUGGGAAGAGGUUUCAGCAAAGCGCACAUCUCCUCCUGCAUGAGCGGACACACACGGAUGAGAGGCCCUUCCGCUGCACCGACUGCGGGAAGGGCUUCAAGCACAACUCCGCCCUCGUCAGGCACCGGCGCAUCCACACCGGGGAGAGGCCCUACAAGUGUGGGGAGUGUGGGAAGAGCUUCACCCGCAGCUCUUACUUGACCUCACACCAACAGACCCACAAGUAA